UUUAUCAUGUGACCCGAGAUUUCGUCCUACAGUGCAGGAGGCGUCAUUCGGAGCGAGAUGCGGGCCUUGUGGGCGACGCUGGCGCUGCUCGUGGCUCUGGAGCCGGCCUCGGGCGGCAAAUACUCGCGGGAGGCCAACGAGAGCCCCGCUCCCGAAGCCGCCGCCUUCCGCCUGGCCCGCCUCAACCAGGCCUGGGAGAAGGCCCAGCGGCUCCACCUCUCAGCUGUGAAACUGGCAGAGCUGCACAGCGACCUGAAGAUCCAGGAGAAGGAUGAGCUGCAGUGGAAGAAGCUGAAGGCCGAGGGCCUGGACGAAGACGGGGAGAAGGAGGCCAAGCUCAGGCGCAACCUGAAUGUGAUCCUGGCCAAAUACGGGAUGAACGGGAAGAGGGACGCUCCCCCCGGGGCCACCAACUUCAUCAAGGACGGCCUGGAGGAGGAGGACCUGCUGGACGACCCCCGGCUGGCCAAGCUCUGGAACAAGGCCAAGACCUCGGGCAAGUUCUCUGAGGAGGAGCUGGAGAAGCUCUGGAGGGAGUUCAAGCAUCACAAAGAGAAGGUCCGGGAGUACGACAUCCUCCUGGAGACCGUGAGCCGCACCGAAGACAGCCACAAGAACAUGAUCCCGCAGGAGGACGAGGCGGAGGAGGACGACGACAGGAGCCCCUUCCGGGAGGAGCGCCUGCACCGGAAGCACUCGGAGCUCAAGGAGAAGCUGCACAGCAUCAGCCAGGGCUUCGAGCGCCUGCGCCGUGUCACCCACCAGGGAUACGACCCCUCCAGUGAAUUUCAGGAGCCCCGAGUGAUUGACCUGUGGGACAUGGCCAAGUCCACCAACUUCACAGAGAAAGAGCUGGAUUCGCUUCGGGAGGAGCUGAAGCACUUUGAGGCCAAGGUGGAGAAGCACCUGCACUUCCAGAAGCAGCUGGAGAUCUCGCACCAGAAGCUGAAGCACGUGGAAGGGAUGGGCGACGAGGAGCACCUCAGCCGCCACCAGGAGAAGCACACCAUGCUCCAGGAGAAGACCAAGGACCUGGGAUACAAGGUCAAGAAGCACCUCCAGGACAUCUCCGGAAGGAUCUCACGAGGCCUUCAGCACAAUGAACUGUGAGGUGGCCUUCCUGCCUUUGGAUGUUUGUACAUUGGUCGAAACCUGAUGUGGAGCCUCUCCUGAGAUUAAGGUCAUGAAGCAGAAUCUUGAUGCUUUCUCCCGUUGGGCGUUUGGUCUUCCUCCUCCUCCUCCGUCCCUGUUGAGACUUUUGAACACUGGAAGAAGGACCACUCAGUUGGUUUCUCUCUGUACUGGGCCAGAUGUGCUGCCUUUGAAAUGGGGCAACUGGGAGGAACUGGGAGGGGGCAGCUGGGUGGGCUUUGAACUGUUUUGCAGGCAAAAAGAGGAUUUUUGAAUGCGUUGAUCAUGAGUGUUCAACCACUCAGUUUGAAUAAAGGACACAAGUGGGACCAGA